UGUUGUGCUGAUGAAAACAAUGUCAAUACGGAUUUGGAGCCAAAGAACGGUCGUAUUUUUAUUAAUAUCAAUGGUAAUCCUAACGAGCGUUGGACAAGCGACUGGCCGAUCUGGCCGUCAAUAUUUUUACGGGUCUUCAGACUCAAAUAUUCCGUUGAGCAGGCGACACUGCAGUAGCGAAAGAAAGGACAAUAUGAAGUUAAGGGAAUUGGCACCGCCAAAGACACGAUUUCUGAACGAUCCGGAAUUACUCUUUCAACGACUGGAUGACUUGGAGUCAGGGGAUCCUAAAAAAAUGUCACCUGGCAAGAAAAAGUCUGAAAACUCCUUCAUUGAUUCCAAGGAUACGGCCGCCGUGACUUUCAAGGAAAUUGUAUCCCAAUUUCCAAGCGAUGCGAAUGCCAGUGCUCUGGAAAAUGAUGAUGAAGAACUCACAAAAGAUGAGGAGGAUCCCUUCGAAUCACUAGCUCAGAUGAAUUUCGAUGAGCAGAACCUUCAACCUAAAGACGAUCGGGAGCAGAGCAGAAGGCAGGGUUUCCAUAUCGGCCACCAACAAGAUGGAAAACCCGCUGUAGCCACCGCCAAUCUGUUGGCCAAAGUCAUUAGCUCUAAUGUUGAUCAAUCUGGAAAGUUCCAGACUUGUCAGGCCACUACGAAUCGUCCGAUGUCCACUAUGAAAAGCUCCACAACUCGUCGGUCAGCGACUAGCACCACAGAACGUAGUCCCACUACCUUCUGUCUGCCGGAACCUUCAUCUGAUCAACAUAAUAACCCCCUGCCUGCGCCUUCAACUCUACCUACUCCCCCUCCAUCUUCUCUUCCACCAUCGUGUCCGCCUUCUGGGAAACUUAGCGGAGAGAGGACAAUGUCCAACAAAUUUUCUACAAAAUCCAAGUCCCCUUCCCCAAAAGGUUUUAAGACGCUGCUGAACACUAUUUUGGCCUCCAAGCAAAAUGCUCUUUCGGUCCUGAAGGCCCUCAAUUACCUGGAGAUGGAGCUAUUAAGUCAGUCAGAAGAUGACGGCUUGGGAUUGGAUUCGGAAAACCUCGUUAAGGAGCAACACCCGAAAAAGACUUUUCAGCGAUUGGGAAAACCAAAGAAUAUCCAUUCCCGAUUGUUCUCCUUUGGAAUACGCCCGGCAAGCCAACAAGAAAGCAUGUACGAUUUGGCACUAGCCAAGGAGGAGGAAAUUAAGUUGGAGGAUCGCGUGUGGGAGGAGCACCAAAAGCAGAUAAAGUUAAAGAGGCCAAUAAAACCAAAAAGGUUUGAGAUCGCUCCGGCGGCCGCUGCACGGCUGGAGCCCUAUCACCAGCCUCAAAAACCACAACAAUCCUUGGAGUCCUUGGAUUCCCAGGAACGAGAAACUCCCGGAGACGACAGGCGCAUUAACCUGGAAGCCUUAAGCGUUGUAGUAAAGCCCAUGUCUUCAUGUCCCAGCAAGGAUACCCACAAUCCGCUAGUGCCUUGGAAUCAAUCCCCAAUACCCAGUGCUGAAAUGAAAGCCAUUCGAGUGCAGGGCCCAAUAGAUAACGAACUGAUUUCAAGCAAAAGAUUUCAGAAAAGGAAAAGAAAGAGGAAAAAACUUAAGUUGUAUGCCCAGAAAAAGGAAGUAGAGGGAAACAAAAUUUCGUCUGGCAUUGCUGGAGUCUUCUAUUAAGUAUUUUUAAUUUUAAUUUAAACAAUUUGUAAAGACAAAUAUAUAUUUUUGAGAAAA